AUGAAUAACUUGUUGAGAAGAACUAUUUUUCCAUCUUAUAACAACACUUUAAAAUUAUGCAGAUCCUUUGCCAAUGUAGGGGUUCCAAAAGAGAAAAUUGAUACUUUGAUCAAAAAUAAUAAAGUUGUAGUAUUUAUGAAAGGUGUUCCAGACGCUCCAAGAUGUGGAUUUAGUAAUGCAGUAGUCCAAAUAAUGAGGAUGCAUGCGGUUCCCUAUGACAGUCACGACGUCCUCUCUGAUGAAAAUCUAAGACAAGGUAUUAAAGAUUACUCCAAUUGGCCAACGAUUCCACAAGUUUUCAUUAAUGGAGAGUUUGUAGGAGGUUGUGAUAUAAUGCUACAGAUGCAUCAAUCUGGUGAGCUUAUUGAAGAACUCAAGAAAGUUGGUAUAAAGAGUGCUUUAUUAACAGCUGCUGAACAGUCUAAGGAAGAAAAGAAAUGA